UUGACUUCGUCCUUCACGUCGUCGGCCAGCCACAUUCCUUCCUUCUCACCACCAUGUCCGCGCCAAAUUCCCCCAGAUUGGUAGACUCGUUUACCGCUCCUAAGGAAGUCCUUCAGGAGUUUGCUGACUUGGCUGAAGAAGAGGACGUCGACCCCUUCGCCGAGACAGCCUCCAAACGCCAAAUUGCCGCGCGGCAGUCGGAUUACCACAACCGCCGCUUCAACCGUGUAGCUGUCGACAGCGGCGACGCAUUUAAAGAGGGGGAAGAUGGCCAAGCGGGAGAGAGCGGCUACAAGGACGCCAUGCGCCUCGCGCGUCUCGAGCAGGAGGAGCAGCGGGUCAAAAGGGCUAUCGAAGAGAAGGAGAGGCAGGAGAGAGAAGAGGGGAAGAUGAAGAUGGAUCUCGACAAGACUCCCCCCGCGUCGGAGCUCAAGGACGUCGCCGAGGACUUGGAACCGAAGGAGGCGAAGGAAGCGUCAGCUGGUGCGAAGCGCAAGCGUCGUUGGGACGUGCCCGACUCAGACGAGAAUCAGGAUCCUAACAAGGGGGAGAAGAUGGACGAGAAGGCGUCGAAGAAGAAGCGGUCGCGCUGGGACGCGCCGCCAGCGGAAGGUGCUGCAGCGGAGACACCAAAGCGGUCGCGUUGGGACCAGGCUCCCGCACAGCAGGACACACCCAUGAUCCCCAUCAUCAUGAACGCGCCGAGCUACAUGCACGACGACAAGCAUAAUCGCUACCUCACGGACGAAGAACUCAAUGCCGUCCUUCCCGCUACUGGCUAUGCCAUCGUUACUCCCCCUCCCGGCUACGGCCCCUCUAUUCCUCCACGGCAUCUCAUGGCUACCCCUGUCACUGAAGUCGGUGGUUUCCAAAUCCAGGAGAGCUCUGAUGCUGCUGCUAUGGCUGCAGCUGCCGGCCUAGCACCCGAAUUGCCCACCGAGAUUCCUGGGGUUGGUAACCUCGCCUUCUUCAAGCAGGAGGACGCGCAGUACUUCGCGAAGAUCUUGAAAGAGGAGGACGAGACGGAGCUGUCAGUGGACGAGAUGAAGGAGCGCAAAAUCAUGCGUUUGCUGCUUAAGAUCAAGAACGGUACCCCGCCCGUGCGUAAGACUGCGCUGCGCCAAAUCACUGACAAGGCGCGCGAGUUCGGCGCCGGCCCUCUCUUCGACAAAAUUCUGCCGCUGCUCAUGGAGCGCACUCUGGAGGACCAGGAGCGUCACUUGCUUGUCAAGGUUAUCGACCGCGUUCUCUACAAGCUCGAUGACCUCGUUCGCCCGUACGUGCACAAGAUCCUCGUUGUCAUCGAGCCCCUGCUCAUUGACGAGGACUACUACGCUCGUGUUGAAGGCCGCGAGAUCAUCUCCAACUUGUCAAAGGCCGCCGGGCUAGCGCACAUGAUCUCUACUAUGCGCCCCGAUAUCGACCACGCCGACGAGUACGUCCGGAACACCACCGCGCGCGCUUUCUCCGUCGUCGCCUCUGCUCUCGGUAUUCCGUCGCUGCUGCCCUUCUUGAAGGCCGUUUGUCGGUCCAAGAAGUCAUGGCAAGCGCGCCACACGGGUAUCCGUAUUGUGCAGCAGAUUGCCAUCAUGAUGGGCUGCGCCGUCCUGCCACAUCUUCGCAACCUCGUGGACUGUAUUGCGCACGGCCUGACGGACGAGCAGCAGAAGGUCCGUACUAUGACGGCUCUCGGUCUCGCUGCCCUCGCUGAGGCCGCUGCGCCCUACGGUAUCGAGUCCUUCGACAACGUCCUGAAGCCGUUGUGGUUGGGUAUCCGUCUGCACCGUGGCAAGGGCCUUGCGGCCUUCUUGAAGGCCAUUGGCUUCAUCAUCCCACUCAUGGACCCCGAGUACGCGUCCUACUACACGAAGGAGGUCACCGUCAUCCUCAUCCGCGAGUUCCAAACUUCCGACGAGGAGAUGAAGAAGAUCGUGCUCAAGGUGGUCAAGCAGUGCGCGGCCACCGAGGGUGUCACCCCGUCUUACAUCAAGAACGAUAUCCUCCCCGACUUCUUCCGCUCGUUCUGGGUGCGCCGUAUGGCCCUCGACCGGCGCAACUACAAGCAGGUCGUCGAGACGACGGUCGAGCUCGCACAGAAGGCCGGUGUGGCGGAGAUCGUUGGGAGGAUCGUGAACGAGCUGAAGGACGACUCGGAGCCGUACCGGAAGAUGGUCAUGGAGACGAUUACGAAGGUCGUUGCCACCCUCGGCGCCGCGGACAUCGACGAGCGUCUUGAGGUCCGCCUCGUGGACGGUAUCAUCUUCUCCUUCCAGGAGCAGACGACGGAGGACCAGGUCAUGUUGGACGGCUUCGGCACGGUCGUCAACGCUCUUGGCAUCCGCGUCAAGCCAUACCUCACGCAGAUCGUGUCGACCAUCCUUUGGCGCUUGAACAACAAGAGUGCGAAGGUUCGCCAGCAGGCUGCAGACCUCACGACACGUCUCGCUGUCGUGAUCAAGCAGUGUGGUGAGGACCAGCUCUUGAGCAAGCUCGGGCUCGUCCUGUUCGAGCAGCUCGGUGAAGAGUACCCGGAUACACUCGGUAGUAUCAUCGCCGCAGAGGGUGCUAUCGCCAACGUCGUCGGUAUGACGCAGAUGAACCCGCCAGUGAAGGACCUCUUGCCGCGCAUGACCCCUAUCCUGCGUAACCGACACGAAAAGGUGCAGGAGGCGUCGAUUAACCUAAUCGGGCGUAUCGCGGAUCGCGGCGCCGAGUUCGUGCCGGCGCGCGAGUGGAUGCGUAUCUGCUUCGAACUUCUCGACCUCCUGAAGGCGCACAAGAAGGCUAUUCGCCGAGCAGCCGUAAACUCCUUCGGCUAUAUCGCGAAGAGCUUGGGUCCCCAGGAUGUGCUCUCGGUCCUCCUGACCAACCUGAGGGUGCAAGAGCGCCAGAGUCGUGUGUGUAGUACGGUGGCUAUUGCUAUCGUGGCGGAGACUUGCGGACCGUUCACUUGCAUCCCCGCCAUCCUGAAUGAGUACCGCACGGCGGAGCUGAACGUCCGCACUGGCUGUUUGAAGGCGCUGUCAUUCGUCUUUGAGUACGUCGGGCCGCAGUCUGCGUUUUACGUGGACUCGGUGGUGACGAUGCUCGAGGACGCUCUCACGGAUCGCGACCUGGUGCAUCGUCAAACGGCAAGCACGAUUGUCAAGCAUCUCGCGCUCGGUGUCGCCGGGCUCGGCUGCGAGGAUUCGAUGAUGCACCUGAUGAACCUCGUCUGGCCGAAUUGCUUCGAGACCUCCCCGCAUGUUAUUGGCGCGGUCAUGGACGCCAUCGAAGCGAUGCGCGUGACGCUGGGUCCGGGGGUGCUGCUAAGCUACGUCUUGCAGGGUCUCUUCCAUCCGGCGCGCAAGGUGCGGGAAGUGUAUUGGCGUAUCUAUAACUCGCUCUACCUGGGUGCCGCUGACGCGCUCGUGCCCUUCUACCCCGAUGUCGGCGAGCUGAGCGAAGGCCAGAACGUGUACGAUAGGCACCCGUUGCAGAUGUUUGUGUGAGGAGGAGGACAUGUACUUUAUCGAUAGUUAGAAGAGUUUGUUGCUUUCGGGAUCUAGAUUCGGUUACACCUCCUUGUGGAGAAAGCCAAA